AUGAGGCGACCUGCCCAAAGACGGCAAGGUCUGUGCAAACUGAUAAAGACCUGCGCGCUGGUCUUGGCAUUGCUUUUCAUUGACGGUGCACACGAGCGUUUGACCUUUGUCGGUGGAGGAUGCCAUCCAUUCCAGCCUCUCAUUGCAUUUGACGGAAGAGUGCCGACGAGAUUGAAAGCGGAAGUCCGUAAUGCAAGUACUAAAAAACCUCUGAUACUGCCACCUCCGAGCAAGGCAGCAGAUCCGCAGAACCACGUUUUCCUCUCCCUGACAGACUACGACAAGAAAAUUGACAAGUUGUUUGAAGGAGACCAUGAUGUCGUCUUCAUUCGCGGUGGUGUAGCCAUAGGCAAGACAACACUGGUAGAACAUUUGGCACGUGAGUUUCCCCAGAAGUACGUCAAUGUUCCCUUCACCGAUGCAGGAAUAGCAACUGUUUGGAAGAUGGGCAUUGGAGAAAGCGAUCGGCAAGAAGACCGCCCGAGAUGGUUUGGAGUUUAG